AUGGGUGAUUACGACGAUACAGAGACCUUGUUAGUGAAGGCUUACAAGAUGUCAGAAAUUCCCGAACGAUUACAUUGGGCUGGUUCGAGAUUUAUGAGUGGUGUUGUACUGCUUACAAAACCAGGAACAAGUAUAAUUACGCGCGAACUUCCGUCGAUUCCUGCUGCUGGUGACCCCUUGAGAGAAGCCAAACAAACAAGUGGAUGGGAUCCAGAAGCAUCUCAGAUGAGAGGCAUUUUCAUGGCUAGAGGGCCAGCUUUCAACGUAGAGGAAAAAGUUGGACCGGUGGAAUUGGUUGAUAUCUACCAGGUGAUCCUGAAUAUCCUUGGCAUAGAGCCAGCACACCCACAUAAUGGAACGUGGGCGAAUGUAGAGGGGAUGAUGGCCAGCGGUUGGGAGUCUCGACCAAAUAGCGACAAAUUCAAUGAAGCUACUCGAUUUUGCAUAACGGCUGUCCCUCUAAUCCUUUUAAUGUUCAGGUUUCUUUUCUAA